AUGUCACAGCCGGGAUCCGAUGAGGAAGGGAAGAGAAAGCGGGACAAAGUGGGAGAGUUCCUGAAGAAGAACCUCACCAAAGGCGAGCUCGCCGUGAAGCAUGCCCUUGGCCUAGGCGCCACACCCAAUGUCGUCCCGGUGACGCAGCCGAUCCUUGACGGCCCGCCUCGUGUGGUCGAGGUCGGCUGGCACCCCGUUGGGGGACUCGCCGGCAAGUGGUUCGCCGAGGAGACUGGUCUGGGCAAAAUGAUCACGGAGAAGAUCAACAAGUAUCCCGACCCUACGCAGCAUUGGGCUGUGCUUGUCGGCGAUUUCGCUCAUCAGCUGUGGAUGGAUGAGAACUUCCAUGUCAUUUACACCAACGAGCGAUACAAACGCGAUGAAUGGCGGACUUUCACAGUCGGUGAGACGCGCUUCAAUGAUGAUGCGAUCCGGCGAGCGGGCGAGUACGUAAUCCAGAGCAUCAGAUCGCGGCAGCCCGCAUACAACCUCAUCAGCAACAACUGCCAAACAUACGUCCUGGAGCUCCUCGACGCUGUUAAAGUUGACGGACAGAAGGACUUUGGCACCACCCUCGCCGUCUACGAAAGGUUGUUCAGCUCCGGCAAGGUCAUUGAUCUCUUUUCUGCGGAACAAAAACCGGAGCACCACCAGCAACAUCUGCUGGAUGCGCCUCCGCAGCAAUACCCCCCUCUCCCACCGUCGCCGGCUUCGCCGCAUACCUACUCACCACCGCCGGGACAACAGCCGUACCCCCCGCCCUUAUUUGGAUUUCCGUCGCCCCAUAACGGACCCACACCGCCGCAAUACCAAUACGGCCUUCCGCCGCCGCCACCGCCGCCGCCCCCUCAUCCAUCCGGCCCCCCGCUUGGUCAUCGCCCAGGUACGGUCUCGCACGCACAACAAGUCAUGAACGACAACACCACACAGCUCGAUACCCAGGAAGAGGCGAGCAAGCCAAGGGAACUCAAAAAGGAGCACAAGCGCGGGUUCUUCUCUCGGUUUUCAAAGAAGUGA